AUGGGCUUGUUAAGUACAACGUAUGUAUACAUAGGUAAUUCAGGCUGUAUUCGAUGCAUGACUCAUUUCAUUUUUCAAUAAAUCCGAACGACCCACGCGAAACAACUUAUUAGCAAUACAUAUCUAUUAUUAACACUAUACAUUCAUACUUGUAUAGGCUUUAUAGGUAUUCGGAAAUAAGUUCAGACUAUAACAAUAUUAUGCUAAACCGUUAUUCUGUUCGUGACAUUUGUAUAAACUUCCCAUAUACCCCAUUCGCCUUAAGUUUAAUGACGAAUGUCACACGAUAUAAUAGUACCUAAUAAUAAUAAUAAUAAUAUUCAAUAUGCUUCGAGACAAUUGCGAUUAAUAUUAUGCCAAAAGUUGGUCCAACUAUGUAUACUCGAGUAACAGUGUAUAUAAGGUAUACCACACAAGGACUGUUCUUUGAAAUCUCAAACUCUUCAUCGUAUAACAAUAAUCCUUGAACGGAAUUUUCGAUCCACUGUGUAGGAGGUAUACACGACUUGAAACUCACCUAAUUUAAUUAGACUAUAUUUUGUCGCGUUUAAUCUGAUUUUCAUUGUAUAUAAACUCGAGGUUGUCUCGAAACCACGGUUACUGAACAAUAAUUUGCAGGACCACCUACUUAUGCAUGUUUAAUUUAAAGUCACACUGUUGUGAUUAUUUAAAUUAAAAUUUCAAAUUGGAUCUGUAGUUAUGUUUUUAAAAAAGCGUUGUUAAAAACCUGAAAAUUUAUCGUGAUUAUCGAAGAGAAAAAUAGUUUUUAUGUUAUUUUUAUUAUUUAAAAGUUUACCUAUAAUAUCUUCUUUAAGAUUUACAAAAUAAAAAAAAUGUGAUAGACCAGUGUUAAAAAAUAAAUAAAAUCGAACACUGUUAUUUUACAAUGUAUAAAAAAAAGUUCAUUGCAGGUGUUAGAGAUUCGAUUAGAUUAAAUUUUCAAUAGAUCUUCUCACACCGGAUAUCGAUGGAAAGUGAAUUUUCACCGACUGACGCGACGACAGUUUAUUCCAAAAAAUAAUUUUGUAUAAUGAUCCGUUUUCGUAUUAUUAUAAUAAUAUUGUUGAUUAUUAUUUAUACCUGCUUUCGAUAAAAGGUCAGUUAAUCGCUAACCAAUUACUGCGACACUCAACCAUACCAAAAUUAUUGUUAUUAUCAUCGUCUUGACACGGUUGUUUUGAUUUUUUGGAUGUUUUCCGUAACUACGUUACCGGAACGGUUUCACUUGCGACAAUAAUGCGCUUUCGCGAUUGGGCCACAACUAUACGGGAGGAUUAUUGAAGUUCGCGAUUAGACAAUUAUAAUAGUACGGACCUUGGACUAAUUUGUGUGUAGAAUUUAAUUUAUUCGUGUGUUUAGUUAUUACUGUAUUCGUGCUGAAAUAUCAUAUUAUGUAACUUGAUUUUCUUAAUAAGGAUGUACGCAUUCUUCAAUAAAAGAAUGAGUACACUUGAUCCGUUCAGUUUAACCAAGUUUCAAUCUAAGUUUAAUCUCAAGCGUCUUUAAUUUAAGAUAAGUUUUAUCAAAAUAUAAUCAAAUAAAAUAUUUAAAAAAUAUUAGAAAAUAUUAAAUGGCUAUAAAAAGCUCAAAAAUCAUCAAAAUGGUUUGAAAAUUGGAUCACCUCUAAAAAAGACUUGAAAAUGUAUGUUCUUAUAAUUAUUUUUCAUUGAAUUACCAAAAAAAAAAAAAACAUAAUCGAAAAUAACAGACAUCGUUGCUUAAAAUUUUCUGUUUAUGUGUUUUUUUUUUUUUUUUUAAGGUUUUUUCAUAAUUAUUGUAGAAAACCAAAAAUCAAAAUCAAAUUAUUUCUUCUAGGCAAAAUUUGCUUUCAAAAAAGAUGCUAGACUUGAAGAACGAACGGUGAUCUCUAGUAGAAAAAUUAUUUACAGACAAACAAAAUCUACACAGUAUUGUAAAUCCAAUACAUUCUUAUCCUUACACUCAGAAUCUAAAAAAUGAACGUCGGAAAUAUUUGUUUAGUUAAUAAGACUAAAAUUACUUGACCGCUAUUUUGUAUGUAAAACAAAGCGAACCCGGAGAAAGAAAAUUACUCCAAAAUUUAAAAAUUCUUCGAGAAAUCGGUGCAGGUUCAAAAUUGCAUACCUUUGCAUGUUAUAAAUUUACAGUAAAUCUUCUCUAUACAACCAGUGUAUCGUUAUAUUUUUUUUUUUCAUCAGUUCUAUUUUACUCUUCUUAGAAAAAGCUCGUCGGUGAUCUAGAAAACUGUUUCGAAUAAAGUAAUUUCUACGUACAUAUACGAGCGGAUAUGUCCCGACUGACAGUCUGACAGAGAAUCAACGCACAGCCUAAACCGCUGGGAUUAGAAACUUGACACUUUCACAGUAGGUACCUUUUAUACAACAGACAUCUAAUAAAGAAGGGUUUUUGAAAAUUUCACCCCUCAAGGAUAGCUGACACAGAGUUUUUUUUAGUAUUUUCGGAACAAAAAUUAAAUUUUAUUUGUUGAUUUAUGUAUAGGUUAUAUCUUGGUUGUCACAGGUAAAAAAUAAAAAAACUAUUAUCGAUACGUAUAGUAAUCUAUUACUGUUAUUUACACUAUUAUAUUUUUUUAUUUUAUUUUUAUGUGACGGGCAACAACAGUUAACUGUGAUAGGCGGAUAGGGGUGGAAACGAGCGUUUAAUAUUAACACGGAUAAAGCCAUGCGGGACAUGUUUCCCAACGACGAGCGGUGUGAAGGGGUAAAGGGGUUCUCGAGAAGGUCGAAAUGAUUUUUAACGACGAGGGGAAUAGAGAGGACCAAAAUGGGAUAUUCCGCAGAAGGCCAACGGGAAGUUUUCAAACGGGAACCCGUUAAUUGAACUCGAACAGUUGGUUCCCGGGAAGGUCUGAAAAGCUUUGCGAUGUGAGAUUCCCGAUAGGCUAAACUAAAUUCUAAACUGUACACGGGCGAAGUCGUAGACAAAGUCGCAGGUAACACAGUAAUAUUUUUAUUCUACUAAUUUUUAUAAUAAAACAUUCGAUCCGACCAAAAAAAUUGCCCGGGCAACGCCGGACAGUACAGUCCGGUAAUAAAAUGUUCAUGUUGAUACAGACGGGCGGAAAAUUAGUAUUUUACACGGUAACCACAAUGGUGCGUUGUGCGGUUCGGCGCAUUUUGAUGGCAGUUUCUUCGCUACGUUCGGGAUUUCAUAAGACCGAAGAAGAUAGUUUAUACUUUUAACGCGCACUUAUAAAUCGUUGUUUUAACGAUACGCGGGGGGGGGAGGGGGAGGAGGAAAUGCACCGAUCACAAAAUUACGUUGCGUUUUAUUUACGCAACGGCAUAAAAACGACGGUCGUCUCUUACCUACACUGUAUUAUUAUGUGCGAACUCUCGAUUGAUGUGGGAACACGCAUGUGUAAGUCACGGUCUGUUUACUGCGGGCAUUUUUAUACUCCUCUGGCGGCAGAUUACGUACGUACGUUAGUAUAAAUCGAUUAUUUUUUAACGCGAAACAUAUUGGCCGAUAUUUUUCACUUGUAGAGCCUGAUUGGGAGCGGAGAUUGUAUUUAGUUGGCGUAUUUGACUUAGUUUUAUGGCGGUGGAGGGGGGAAUACUAAAAUUAUUAUACACUAGGUGUGUAAUACAUAAGCCUAUAUUCUAUCCUAUCGGUCUUACCACGGAGUGUUUUUGUUUUUUAUUUUUGCGUCCGAUGACACUUUUCUAGCAGACAUAAUGCUAAACAUUCAAUUUCAAAGGAGAUUCUGAGAUUUGUAUACAUAUAUAUAUAUAUAUACAUGUAUAGCAAAACGUAUAUAUCAAAUACUUGCAUAAAUUAAUUGACGGUGGGGGCGAUCGCCCCUUCCCCUCAAAUACGCCACUGAUUGUGUUGAUUCUUCUGGGAUGUGUGUUUGUUUUUAUUUUUCCGCCGGAAUAGCUUUUCUACCAGCCAUCGUGUUCCAGUGUAGAAUUAAUGAGAGAAAACCUUUUUUGUUGCAUUUUGGAAAAUUACGGCGUAUCAAAACACAGUACUUUAUAACCGAACUCCACUCAGAAUCGUUUUUCGUUAGCAACAGUUUAUCGUUGCGUACAGGUACUAGUUAAAUCACUUUGUGACUUGCGUAUCGUAACCUAAUUUAACCAAUCAUUCGGUACCGAAUGUAAAAACAAAUAAUAUUGCGAUCGACAAUUACAGUGACUACGCGUAUUCAGUAUUUCUCUAGGUGGUGAAUACGAACGAUUUCAUUUAUAGCCCCGGCGGGUUACCCCUCUCCGCCCCGAUGUAUAACAAUUCUAUACAUUCUCCUCAUUUUCGAUGAUACCAUUAAUUCUAACAAAAAUUAAAAGUAAUCAAUUAACGCCAAUCGUCGUUACGUUUGAAUUUAAAAAUAUAUUUAUGAAAAAAGCCGCGCUCGCGGAUCUUUUCCCAGAUCAGUUCCCGUAAAUCCGCCACUAGACAAUCCACGAAUUUACCCGAAUCCGGUUGAAGCCGUUGACUGACAUUUCGGUCUCCGUUUCGUGUCCGUAGUUUCGGGCCGCGACGAGGUUUUCGAAGCACGAAACAUUUUCAAGGUUCGACGAUGACGAUGCGGCGUUCCGAACACUCUCACCGAGAAGUGCAUCAUAUAUUAUAGUAAUAAUAUUUACAACACCGCGCCGUUAUGACACGUGCAGAACAACGCGUUACGGUUAAUAUCUGCGCGGGAAAACCCCUACGUCGCGUGACGUCACCGAUUGGGUCCGCGGGGAGUUGUAUUGCAGUGUCGUUUUCCUUAUGAUCUUCUCGCGCAAAAAACAUCGUUACUGUCGAGCUCUGAAAUAUCGCGACGCGAAGAUCCUCGGCUACGGCGACAAUGACGCGAUCGCCGGUGAAAGUGUUUUGACGUCGACAACGAAGGUUUUGUAAUUGCACACACACAGCUGCGGCGCGCGUGUCCAGUCGGCCAUGGGAUUUACCGGACGCGGACACGAAACGACACCGUACUGCGGGCAUACAAGACCGACCGGCGGCGGCACCACCUGAUAAUGCCUUGAAACGUUUCGGUCCGUCAGUAAUAAAACGGACGCCCGUUCGCACACUGCACACGCGCGCCACGAAGUUUACAAACGUGCGCACCGCUGUCGAUUCGCCGCUCAUCCAGGGAAUUAUCUAUUAUAAUACACUGCCCGGGAAAUUACUGCUACCGUGCUCUGCCCAGGAAUUACCUGCUGUACUCCGCCGUAACGCGCUAUCCCGUCCGCAAGGUAAGCCGAACACAUUUGUUUUUUUUUUUUUCGUGUCGUCGCCGGUUAAAAGCGUUGCUCGUGCAAGUCGUACAAGUCAUAAUUUUUUAAUAUUUCGCGUCGGUCUUUUUUGCGUUUGUUUUUGGAGACAAUAUCUGAUUUUUUUUUUUUUUUUUGAAGUGAUGCGCAUGUGUUUUUCAAUCGAAUUCGAAAUUUUUGUAUUCACUAUUUGCAAACUUUCAUACUAUUUUCGCGUGCGUCCUUUACUGUAGUUUUUGAAAUCUGUGCAAAUUUCGAUAGUUAUAACAUCUAAUGCAUUGCAUGCGUUAAUAAUAGGAAACGAGACCGGAUAGAAUAUUUAUAACAAAAUGUCGAACUCGGUUAAAGUGAAAAUGUACGCGUUUAUGAAUUUUACAUGCAUUGGUAGUUGUUUGAUACAACUACCAAACAGCGACUUUACGGCCACAAAGCGACGAAAGCUAAAUUAUUAGGUUAAGUCAAACUCAAACCCGAACUUUGUAACUUUUAAAUUACUUUUUGUCACUUAUUGGUGGAAAACGCGUUACUUUUCCAGAAGACGUAAUUUCCUACUUGCAAGUUACUCGAUUGAACGCUAAUAUUCCAUGUCGAUUAUAAUCAAAUGACGUGUUGGAAAUAGUAACAUUUUGUUUGUACGCAUGUUUACAAUGUUGUUUGUGGCGACGUUUUUCGGUUUGAAAUAUUUGACCCGGAUUAGCGCUGUAAAAUAUUCAAAAAUACUAAAACGUAAUUACUAAAAUUUCUCAUCGGAGAGAGAAACUAUAGGUAAACGUUUAAAAAUCAAUAUUAUUAUAAUUGAUAUUUAUUUAGUCUAGUUUAUUUAAAACUCGCAGUUCGAACUGCAGUGACUUAUUUAGCUGUAAUGUAACUAUUACGAUAGUCGUUUUGUUUCGUCGGAUAGCCUAUCGACCCCGACUCGGUUACUACUCUAUCGUAUGUCCCGGGGGAAAAAGGAACGUCAUUGUACGGCAGGUCAUUAUUGCAUAGCUUUUUAACACGAGCGCGGAUUAAAUUUCAGAGAAUUUCUAAACGGCGCGAUCGCAGGCGAACGAAAAACGAAUUUACAGUUCUUCCUUCCCCGCGUAAAAGGUCCGGCGGCGCGCCGCUUUGCGCGGCCGUUAAAGUCGAACAGCUCGGCCGGUCUCGCCGACGGGCAGUGACGAGUACCGAAAUGCGCGCGGGUAGCCAAGUGCGCGGGCCGCGCUCGUGUUGCGCCGAAACGUCGCCGGUUUCACCGUAACUGUGACGCGGCGACAGGACUGCGUUCUCGCAUUGACCGCUACCGCUCGAACAAAAUAUGUCGUCGGCGCGAAAAUUCUCGCGGGACACGGCCGCGCGCGACGUGUGACGGGCACAGCGUACACCCGACGCGAACCGCGACGCCGUGUUCGACUGUGCGCGCGCGCUUUCUAAUGUCGUUCGCGAUAUUUGUCGUUGUUGUUGUUGCUAUGAUAUUUCGAACGAUGUUUAACGAAAUGCCUAGACGCCCGCGCGAACCGCAACAUAAUAUCGUGUUGCAAUCUGUUCGUAUCAACCGCGUGCGUCUGACUGCCGGUCGCGCUCCCGGUUCUUUUGCUGUGCGCGUGCGCGUUGUUCGAACGAACGUUCAACGUACACGCGAUCCGAUCGGUUACCAAAUAAUUUUCGGCGGUCGAUAAAACGGGCGCGUCGCGGUUUUCGGAUCCCGAGCGGAUCGAGGAAUUCCCGUCGGUUUUACUACGGCGCGUGUUUCCCCCCCCCCCGUUCGUUCGACAUGUCUUUUCGGCAACACUUUUCGGGCCGUGAAUCUUACUUCAAUCGAAAAUCCCGCAGAAAUUCAAUUAGGACGAGGCCGGUUUUUUUUUCUUCAGUUUUUCCCGUAGUUUUCUCUAUGAUUCGCGCGGAGUUCGUCCGGGUCAGAACUCGACGACGGGCAAAUAUCCCGCUAAAAAUCGUCAUUCGUUACCGAUAGUUUAUCGCCGUCGCGAUGCGCCACGCGUACGGAUAUGGGCGAAAUCACUCCGCGUGUUCUCCCGUUCAAAUUCCUUCCCCUAAAGUCCGUCACGCCCGUCUGUAACCGCAAUACCGGUCAAAUAUUACGUACCCAGACACUCUAGUCGUAUCUCACCGGGUCAGUACGCGUAAUUUUUAAAACGAGGACAUAUCGGUGAACACGCGUUAUUGAACACUCCGAAGUUUUUUGAGUGGGCGUUUUUAUGUCCCGCGAACUUUUCAAAUCCGAUCGUUUUUUCGGAUAUUUAGUGUAAAUUUUUUCACGAAACGAUUUUUUUUUUUUUUAUUUCGAGCAGUACGUAUCUGUUUUUGGAUACCGUACAGAUGCAUUGUCUCCGUUUUAUCGCUAUAAAUCGCACGCCCCCUCCAAGACACGUCAGGAAACACUGUCCUGAUAGUUACGUACCUCUGCAUAUUGUUUUUCUCAGGCUCGGAGCAUGUAUAUAUGAGUUUAAAUUAUUUACAUAUUUUAGCUGCGUUCAAUAUGUGUGGAGUAUUCAAACUGUAGUUACGAUGAUGGUGGGGGUAUUAAAGAAGAAAAAAAGAAAAAAUAAGAAAGGAAAACAAAGUCAACCGAAUUUUAUUUUAACAUCAACUCUCGGAUUCUGCCGCGGCAGAAAACCGCUUAUUUCAUGAAAAUAUAUGUACUUUCUCUCUCCAAAUUUUUCGUCCCUAGAGUAAUCGAUCAGAUAGUAUCAGACUAAAAGGGUUUUAAACUUUUCUGCUCGUUUUCGUGAAAGAUUAGUACCGUAGUUUGUUGUACGUGUGCCGCGAUAAAAGCAAUUUAUAUCUGGAAACAAUAUAACUUUUAAAACCGCGUGCGGGAAUAUACAGAGUGAAUCUAUAACCUGCAGAAAUCAUUUUAAACAUAUCUAGUAAAUUCGAUUUUGAUUUUUAUAACCAACGUGUGUAUCAUCUACAGAUUCUGUUCAUAAUGUGGAAAUCCAUGUAUUUUUUUUUCUUUUAAUUUCUUUUAAAUUUAAUUUUGAAUAUAUAAAGGGGAUUAUGAUCUUCCUCCCUGGGUUUUCGGGAAUGUGCAUUGAAAAUCUAAAACGUUUGUACGCGGUAAAGGACAUAGUUUUAAACUCGCCCUCCACCCUAGACAAAUUUCUACGGGUCCCCACGACAAGAAUCGACGUAUUAUAAUACCGCCGGGGGUCAGUGGUGGUUGUCGACCGCGUUCUUAGCAAUUUACGAGGCUUAGGGCGAAAUUUCAAUGUUUUUAUUAUACAUUAUAAUUAGUAUUUUUUUUUUUUUUGUCGAACGCGAGGCAUCAAAUCUAAGUGAAAAGCGCGUGGUCCCUUUUUAAGGACGGCUCCGGAUGCUUCCUCUUUUCGGUCCGUGGAUUUUUACAAUAUUUAAUUUGCACUUUUUAUCUAACUAAAAUAAGGAGAAAGCAAGUGUAACGCGUUGAUAAAAACGUGAGUAUUAUAUUUCUGUUUGAGGUUUGUGCUGAUAUACACGCGGAUAAUAACACUGGUAUCGUACGAGCGCCGCGAUAUUGUUAAUUAUUUAUCAAGCUGCGGCAUGCGGAUAUGGAUAUGAAUACGCGCACGUUAUUAUCUGAUUUAUUAUGAUUUUCAUUUUUUUAUUUAUGCGCAGCGUACCUAUUUAAUGUAGUGCAGUAUGUUUUUUAGACGUUCGCGUUUAAGUGAUUUUUUUUUUUUUUUUGGUGAGGGGGGUCGGGGAUAGAAAACGAAGGAAUUUCGAAAAUUAAAAAACUUCAUUUCAUCGCCGCCCUCUUCCCCUAUAAACUUCAAAUUCGGAUACUGACGCGCAGUCGUCUGCGGAAAAAGUUAAGAGCAACGGUUUUCGGCCGUUGUAAACGAUUACGCGUUUACACACACGAGACACUGUACGGCGACACUUUCUCUGUAAUAUUAUUAUCGAAAAAUAAAUAAGUAAUAACAACAACAACAACAACAACAAUAAUAAUAAUAAUAAUAAUAAUAGUAUAGAAAAUACGCGUACACUGUGCGGCAAGAAAAUUGCGCGCGGGACGGCGGGAGUGAGCGAGCGCGCGUGGCCGACACUUUUAAUUCGGCCUCGCAUUACCCGCAGAGGUGUACACGCUCUGCGAAUAUCGUAACGCGCGUUUCGUUACGCGCAUGUUGCCUGGCGCGCGUUUCGGCGCGGGGAUUCAAUACAAUUCCGUUCUGUACGCAAAUACACAAACACGUUCAUAAUGAUAAUAAUAAUAAUAAUAAUAACAGUAAUGUAAUCGUUUUACACGCACACACGCACGCGUCGUCGCGUUAUUUAUAUUGCUCAAUAAUCGUAUACGUAUCGGCGACGCUGACCGCGCGUUAUGUGAUCGGCGCGGCGGCCGGGGACGCGCGCGCGUGAAAGCGAUCGCUCCGCCGCCGCGCGCCCGGCCGUCGGACGCGCGGCCGCGCUCGUAACAAUAAUAAUGCGAUAUGUUUUAUCAUUCGACGCAUAAUGUAAUAAUAACGCACGUAUACAGGGUGUUGCCGAAGCGAUCGAGCCAACUAGUGUACCGCCGCACGUUCGGCCGGGCGUCCGAACGGCACGGUGUAACGUACGGUAUGUGCGUUUCAGGGCACUAAAACAUUUUUUUUUUCAGGGAGCGCGAAAAACUGUCCCGCAAGGAAACGGCGAAACGGCUUUUAACGGCGUUUGUCACAGUAAACGAUAGAAAUUUCCCGUACGCGUCAUAAUACCUCGUGCACAAAAUAUACACGCAUUGAACGCGGUACACGGCCUUUUAACAAAUCAGCGUUGAUUUAAUUAUAUAUUUUGAAAAGGGAGCCCGGAUGAAUAUGUUUUAGUCGACAUCACCGACAUCAUUUACUGUCGAACAUUUAAAUACGCCCUUUUACCAGGAGUUUACGCUCCUAAAUUUUCUGUCGCCAAAAACGUAUUUUUCGAUUUUUAGCGGUAUACGCCCGUGGUGUUUAGCAAAACAUCAACGAAUUAUUUCUGGUGUUUUCCCCCUGCGUUUUAUAUUCUCACGAGUCCCAAAACUCGAUAAAUAACCGGCGAUUGUUCUCGCAAAGUCCUCGUAUCGACGCGUCACAAGUCACGCGAUUUGUGCACGUUCUCGGAGGACUAUCUGCACGGUACCCACAAUUUGCAGGGUUCGGAUUUCGUAGGUAUUAUUAUUUAUUGGAUAAACAUACGGGCGGUGUGUGACAUACUCCGCCAAAGGGCUCUUAUGGUCAUGUUAUAAGCGUGUAAUUCGGUAAUUUUUCGUUCUAUGAAAUCCGAGCCAUGAUAAUUUGCGAGCGUAAUCUGGCUUAUAUACUUGAUCAACAUAGCUGGGUGUGGUGCAAUUCGCAAAUUAAUCUGUAACCUUGUCGACUAAUCAGUAAUCGGUAAUGUUUUAAGAUUUCGAAAAUUGAAUUAUGCUACGAUUUUUCCUGUAUUAUACGAUUACGAAUACGUAGAUACAAAUAUAUGCCAUUUUAAGCGUCAAAAUUAUGCGAAAAUGUAACACGUGACUCGUCGUCGAUUGAUAUAUUACGAGGACAUUGCUGGGGAUGUCGUGGACGAAUUAUUUUUAUUUCCAGGAUUUUGGACUUUUGGAGAGUCAAAUUCUUAAAAUAUCGACAUUCGUGUACUUCGCUGACUAUAGUUUAUUCGUUGGUUACCGAAAUAACCAUGCGUAUAGGAACGUCAGUACGUGCACGGGGAUCGCAAUCAGAAAGCGCACGCGACCCGAGGUACGCGCGUUAACGACACGCCGGCGACGCAAAAAACCGACCGCGAAGAGUACAAAAACGUAAUUUAUAACAACGUGUACCGCUAUAUACCAAGGAUACCGUAAAAAUUAUCGCGUUCGUCUCUGCGGCUGUCGUGCAUAAUAAUAAUAAUAAUAACGUGUCGCCGUCGCGUCACUUUCUCUCGAAUUUUCCGACUGCGGACGUCGUCAUAUUAUGUUAGGCGGUUGUUUUGGCGACGCAGUUUUCGGUAAACAGUUUGCUGUUGUCUGAUACUCAGCAGUAAUAUUACUAAAACGUUUUGUUUAUUGUACAGUAUUUGACCAAUGGAUAACCACCAGUAACCGAGUACAGUAAACGUAGUGUUUAAUAUUGUUUGCUGAUUCCGGCAACCUGCUUGUCGAAGAGCGCAUUCGGUUAUCAAACAAUCGCGGUGAAUAAUAUCGGCCAAAACAGUUUUGUUGGCUGACCAGUCUGCUAAAACCCGCGUUGCCAAAACACGCCUAUUGUAUGAUGUUUGUGAGCCGUGACACCCCUUUGGAUAUAAAUGAUUGAGACUGUCAAAUUUAUCACGGGACUCGGAGAUCUGAAAUUUCAAGAGCAAAGAACGUUUGGGCACACCGAAAAUAUGUAUAUUUUACAUGAUAUUUUACUAGUGGUAUGUCCGUCGCGUUGGCGUAAAUAGAGCCUGAAGAUUUUCUUCAUUUUCUCGGGGAAUUUUAAGAUACAAGUGCAUUUUUGCUUUUUGUUUUAUAACGCCAUUUUUUUUUUUUUUAAUUUUCAUAUAUUCUUGGUGUCAGUUUUUUCAAAUUUCGUAUUUCAAAGCAAUCGAUUGUUCGAUUGUUAUUAAAUAUUUUAUUCCCAUGACGUUGAAGUUUUAUUUUUAUUAUGUACACGAUUGAAAACUAACUAAUAACUAGACUGAAAUAUCAAUGAUUGAAAAUCAACUAACAAUAAUUUAUUGUGUAUGAGUCGAUUGCAUUAAUUUGAUAAAAGUUAAUCGCAACACUUGAUGUACAUUUACAGUUUAAAAAACUGGGUAGUAAACUAUGGCAAAAAGUUGUAUCACAGUCAUAAUUGUUACCGAAAGUAAAUUAUACACAUUUGGAACGUGGAUGUAUCUAAAAUCUUUUGGUUAAGAAGAUAUCGUACCCGCAUGACGUGUUGUCUCCGCCUCACUUACGCAAGACAUGUGUAGAAAAUGUACGUUACUUAGAAAAAAACGUCGACGUUUAGAUUGAAGUUGUUGUUUUAUGAUAAAUACCAAAAUGUAACGAAUUAAGUUGCAGUUUAAGUUAGUUAAAAAUUGAAAAAUAAACAUGGUUGUAACUAUUUUGUGUAACAAAUUUUUUUUUUAGAAAAAAACAUGACGUAUAGUUCUCAAAAAUAAUAUUCUCUUCUUUAAAGUUUGUUAUUUGCGUGUUUAAACUCAAUUUCAAAUUCCAAUCUAAACGUAGUCACAGUUUAUGUUCCAAAUACGUAUGAGAGAAAAGAUCAUACAGACAGACGGAUCUGACCUUUUAUAUUUAUAGUAAAUAUUAUUAUAAUUACAAGCAGAGACGUAUCUGGACUGGGGUCCGAACGGAUUAUGACUUUUACGGGUAAAAAUUGGGUUCAGUGCCCGACUUGCGCCAAAAUUUUGAACACGUAUAGAGACGUGGACACCGGGCAUAAACGGGAAUUCGACGAGAUUUCAAAAAUGGUAAUUUUGCAAUCCACUAGUCCAAUUCGUAAUCAUCAAACUCGACAGUUUCCUUUGUUUUUUUAUUCGUUUAUUUCAGCGUCUAACGCGUAUUUUUUUUUCUUUUUGCGAUUCGUCGAAACUACGGAAUUCGAUUUCUUUAAUAUUACGUACACUUACGACAUUAAUGAUGCCAAUUUACACCGUUUUAAUGCACUAGGAUUUUUCACAUAAAAACAACCGCGUAAAUUAUACUAAGUGCGAUUUAAUUCAAUAUUCAAUGACUUUACAUAUUAUGAUCACUCGGCCGUAAGUAAAUCUCUAUAAGUAAAUUGUCCAUAAAAAUAACGUAAUUCUCUAUAAUUGUGUGGGUAGUUAAAAAAAAAAAAAAAAAUAAUAAGAUGGGCGUCAACGUUCAGCGAUUUUAUUUUUUUGCCUUAAUAUUUUUUUUAAUCAGGUCGUUAAUAUCGGAUACCGGGUGAACAUCAAAACACCAUAAUGGUGUUUCAUAAUAUUUCAAUCUGUUACUAAUAUCCUAUACGUCGUUGUUUCGUAUAGGCGAUCAUUUAAACUAUUAAACGAGUUUCCGGUCAACCGAAAUUAAAAAAAAAAAAAUAACGCACCUAUCUAAUAUUAUAAAUUUACUAUCGUUUUCAAUUUUCCAACCGCGGGAUCUUUAAAUAUUCAUUGUAGCGUAUAUAAGAAUGCGAUUUUAAGUCGUCCGCUCUUUGAAAUAAUUCACGUACUUUAAACAUUCCGCGCUCGUGUUCGAGUACCUAUUAAUACGUUAAACAUUCUACGGUUCUGUGUGCAACGAGGAAUGUAUUUACUAUGUGUUUAUUUUCUCUGUGAACAACUUUUCUACCAGCAAUUAUUUUGCUCCGAUCGUUAACUUCAGUGGUGCGUUUCUGGCCGUAAAGCUUGUCUAGUUGGUAAAUUAAGAAGUUUAUUGUAUUACUCGUAGUUAUUUCUUAAUAUUUGGAAAAAUCCGAGCCAAAGUUAACGCUUUCUCUGUUAUUCUCGUUUUUCCGUUUGCUAUUCGGUUAAAUAAUCAUAAUUUUUUGUAAACGAUAAAUAAUCGUUUAGUUUUAAAUGCAUUUUAAAUAUUCAAGCCACGACGUGACGAAAAACAUUUAUGUAUGAAAAAAUGUUCAGGCAAAAACGUUUGGUCGUCGAUAAAAAUGCGAAAAAUGCGAUUAGGUUGCGUUUUAGAAACAAAAAAAUGGUCGACAUAGUUAAUUGAAUCGCGCGAGUAGGACUAUGCCUCCACGGGAAAAAACAAUUACGAAACCGACAUUAUUCGAUUUUUGUCGCAAUCACGAAUAAAUUAAAAAAAUCGCGGAUCCCAGUGACCUUUAAGACACUCGUCGUCCGCGAGUCGAACACGUACGACGAACGUUUUCGAUUAAUCGGUAAGUGUUAAAUGUCAAUAGAAUUAAUGUUUAAUUCGUAUAGGUAUUUUUGACUCUUACGAGUCACGAGUGAUUAUAUUAUUAUGUAUUGUUAAAUUCUCAUAUACUCUCACAUAGGUACAUGCGCAGUGUGGUUCGAUCGAUACACGCGUUUAAUGAAUUUUAAUUAAGUUCGCGGGUGGGUCGGGAAUAUUAUCGUCUUUGUACACGGUGUAAAUGUAUAGUGGCGUAGGUAUUUCGGAUACAAUGGCGUGGGAUUUUGAAUCGGGGGAGUGGGCUAAAUGCGUUUUUGCUUGAGACGAGUGCAUAGACGACAAGGGAGGUGUUUGGGGAUUCAACCAACUCCUUCCCCCUAAAAAAAAAAAAGAAUUAAAAACAAAAUGUUCAUAACUGUUUUAAUGCGAUACAUUUUAAACGAAAAUGUAUAAAGAAAACUUAAUGAUUAAAAAUGCCCGAAAUGAUGCAACGCGUGUGCCCGAUGUCUCGGUAUUAUAUCUUGUAAUUGUACACCUAUUAUCCCCUGACAAGAUGACUGCUGGACCUAAGAGAAUUUCGGCCGACGGCAGUAAUUAAAUCCGUUUUUCGGCACACCAUUAUCGAAAAAAUAGCUGACUUCGACUACGACCUCACUGAGUCGACGGGGGUGGGGGGGCGUAAAUUCCACCACUACGACGUAAUUCAUACUACGACGUCGGAUGUUACUCUCUCAGAAGAAACGUGUUAUUAUUUGUAAUAUUAUUGUUGUGAGAAAAAAAAAACAAAAUCGCAGUCAAUCAUCCCGUCGCAUUUCUCGCAGGUCGAACUCGCGUGUGUCUUCUUUUCCGUCCGCAAAAUAAUCAUAAUAACAAUAAUAUUACGCGGCGAUGACGGAUUGCAAAUUUUGUCGAAUUCCGUGUCUAACAGUACACGUAAACACGAUUGCGCAGUGGGCGAUGCCGUCAAUACACGAAUAAUAUAAUAUUGAAGAUAUUUUGUCGCCAAGUCGGUUUCGGUUUCGGUUUUUUUUUCUUUUUUCGCGUGCCGAUCCCCCCGGAAAUUCGUUCGUUGAAAACGUGCGGCCGGGCUCGUAACAAUUAAUUGUCGGAAAACGUUUUUCCGGAAGGUGCCCGUACGAGGAUCUAAAACGUGAUGUGGGGUGGGAGGGCGGGAGGGAGAGAGGCGUUCGUUGUGAGCGUGUCGUCGAAAACGUAUAAAUCAUCGCGGAAUGUAAUACUGCGUGUAGCACCACCAAUGACGUUUUCGACGCGCGAAAAGUUUCUCGUUCACGAUAAUUCUCGCGUCAACCCUGUAACGCGAGCCUGUAAAACGUCUCGAACGUUUGGCGAGGCGAACGUAUUUAAAAGUUUGGCCAAAAUGUCCACCGAAACGCGCAGUCUGUCGUGUUUCCGUUUCUGAAAGUUCGCGAUAGUUCACGCGAAUGCACAAAAGGAACGUCGUCGUCGCGGAGUCCGAAAAACUCUGAUACGAGAACGGUUUUUUUUUUUUUAUUUCGUACAUAAUUUCGUGGUUACGUUAGUAUUUCGAUAGCACGUAGAGCGACGUGCGCUUUAUUUUUUUUUUUACGUUUUAAGAUCAUUUAUUCCCCCUCACGAAGCGUUCUAAAAAAAAAAAAAAACCCAACACCGACGGUCUCAUAUUGUGACCUUAUCGUGGUCACAUCUCAUCACACAUACGACCCGCAUUCUACCGAAUUUGAUGCGCUUCGGUUAACGAUUUCGUUACUAAAUAAAUUAAAAACGUUUUCUUUAAUAAUAAAUUCUCCGCGCACUCGCAGUAUUUCACUGCAGGUUUAUCUACCGAGAAAAAAAAACAAGGUUACUGGUCGGUUUUUUUAAUGGUUAUUUUAAAAUCCCCCAUUUCGCUACCUCACGGUAUUGUAUAGACCCGGCGAUUUCGUUUGUUAAUUAUCGUUAUCACCCGCGGUGGUCUUCGUGUAGGGAAAAGGGAAGAUGGAUUGGGGAGGUGAUUAUGAUUUAAAUCGUUCAAAUUUUGUAUGGUGUUUUUUUUUUCUUUUUUGUAAAUGCAGCAUAAGAAAUUAUCCUAGCCUAUUUAUAGAAUUAUUCUUGUUACUAAACGUAGACUUGGUUUGGUAUUGGGUCACAUAUUAUCGCAAAAGACUGUUUAAAAUUCUGAGCGAAGCAAAGGACGUAUUGCUAUAACUGUGUGUUUUUUUUGUUUUGUGUCUAUACUAAGCAACUUUUCUGCCAGUAAUUUUACUUUAAUCGAAAAUUCAUAAGAGUUUUAUUGUAUAAUUUUUUUUAUCUAGGUGGUGCAUUGAAAAAUGAUUUUUUUUUUUUUUGAUUUUCCGUGUAGUUUUCUUAAUAAAUGAAAAAAAAAACUGGUAAUGUUUUGUAUAAUUUUUAGAUUACCUUGGCAACAAAGGAAAAAUUACGACUAAUAAUACUCUGUUUAGAACCGUUGUUCGCGAACAAUAGCUUAUCGUCACCUACGAAUUAUAAAUUAAAUUGUUCUGUAAAUUCUCCAUUCCAAUUUUUCCCCUAAAACAGUGGCACAGCCAUCAGCAGUUUUACAAUGUCAGCGUUUUUAAACGGUUUGUUUUUGUUUUUUAAAAUCGACUGAAAACUAGUCAUUGUAAACGUGAUGCCAGGAUUAUCGCGUGACUUGACGCGAAAUAGCACCUACUAAAUAUUUUUUCUUUUUUUAAAUGAUCGUUAAAAAUUAUUAUCUUUUUUCGUUUUGUUUCAUCGACAACGAAUCGUUAAUUUUCUUAUAACAUUUCGAUAAUUAGUUCGUUAGUUUUUUUUUCCUAUAUUUUUCCUAAUUUAUUUGAAACUCUAAUUCACGUAGUUGGUUAUUUUUUAUUUUUGCUCUUUGACACGCUCUAAUAGUUUUAUAGGAAACAAUCGCAAUGGAUAAACAAACUAUACAAAUCGUGACGGCGAUGAAUCAAUUGACUCGUAUGUAUUGACUAAAAUCAAAUAUCAUAUAAACAUUACGAUUUUUAUCGCCUUUUGGGAAACAGUGACCAGUAUAAUACCGUGACCUCGUGGUUUUCAUUCCGAAAUACAAUAAUUUCCGCUGUGUACCUAUCUACGUUUACGUACAUAAUGAUGUUUAUCGCACAGUGAAUACCCGAAAGGUAUUCGCAUUUUAAGUUCCAAAGUUCGACGUAAUUUCGGUAUAGUUAUUUAAAAAAAAAAUAUAUGUGUUUUUGUAUUUUUUGUAUACAAUCAAUAUUAUUAUGAACAUUUUUUAGGAGAUAGGUACCGCGUAAAAGAAAAUAUGCCCAUUUCAAUAAGUAUACUGUAUUAUAUUCCUGUGUACCGCAAUUGUGUGACAAAUAUUCGCAAUGUUUUUGUAGUUUACGGGUGGAAAUGUUGUUUUUGUUUUACACUGCUGCAGUUCGUCGUUAUCUUUUAUACACACAUUUCAACGGUGUAAACAUAAGAGAUAAAGACGCCCUUUAUCUCCCAUUCGUAUAAUAUUUUCACGUUUCGGUCAAAAUAAAAGGUAAUGACGUGAGCGCCUUUCUCUACGUCUCAUUUUCUCUCGGGCUAGAAUAUAAUAUUAUUAUUAUUAUUACUAUACGCGUGUGGUAGACCUUUUGAUGUUUGCACAACCUGAUUCAUUGUUAUUAGGCUGGUUCCUUUUAUUGUGUUGGGAAAUGAAAACCAUUUGAUUCAUUUAUGUUUUUUUGCGUAGGAGUGCUGCUAACCAUAAAAAACGCCUCGAGUAAAGUAUAAUGUAUGUGCAUAUAAGACGUAAAAAAUAUGUCGUAAUAAUAACAUUUUUCUACCAUAUAUUAUGUACAAGUUUCCUCCCUCCCCCUCCCAAAGAAAAGUAGCAGCUAUUUAUCAAACCGGUGAUGAUUUUUCUCGAAUCCGGAGCGAACACGGCAACACCAACAAAAAUCUAGAGAAAGACUCGGGGACAGAUUGAUUUACGUAGUAGAAGAGAAUUUGUAAAGCCUGAGAGUUGAAAAAUGAAAAAUGGAGAGAAGCAGUUCAAGAUAGAAAAAGUUGGCGAAGUGCCAACGUCGACAAAAACUCUUAGACAUUACUAUGAUCAUUAAAAGAGAGAGAGAGAAAGAAAUAGAGAGGGUGUUUACACUGGAAUUACGGACCGGUUUUUUAUUUUUUUUUCUUCUGAUUAUUGAUUUCUGGUUUCUUUGGUACCGCGUGAUAAAUAUUCGCUACAGUGAGACUUAGCCAUACGCUGAUGCCUUUUCACUUGGGAUUUUUUCGGCCGGUUUUUGCGUUUAUUGUAUUUCGGAACGCUAAUAAAAGGCGCAACAAAUAAUAGCAUUACUCGUGUCCAGAAAAAAAUAAUUUAUCUGUCUACCCGUGUCAACGAUCGCGUUUAUGUAUUAUUAUUACAUUAUUAUUUUUGCAUAUUAUCGUUCAGGUUGUCGUUCGUAUUCUUUGGAUGACAAAACGUUGUCCUCGAACUCUCUUACGACUAUUAUUCGAUAAUUUGACGUGGAAUUUUUUUUUUUAUUAUUAAUAAUUUUUUCCGUUUUAUAUAAUAUAUUAAUAUAAUAUUCGUGCAUCAGCCGACGAAUCGAUUCUUCUAUUUCUAUAUAAAUCGCUUAUAUUAUACAAUAUUAUUAUUAAUCGACUUGGGUGUUCCUGCAGCAGCACCGGAAGAGGUUCCGUCCGAAGACUUGCAUGACAACACACAUGUUAUGCGAAGAUGAUGGUGUAUUUGAUAUCGGAGAUCAUAAAUCGUCGUUGGCAAAUAUUUCUGGAAAACCCGGAAUGUACAUGACUGGUACGUUCCAAAUUUGGACCGUAAAAAUCUGAAUUUCAGUGUUUUACAGACAUCGGAAUUUGAACUGUAUAAAUCUAGAAAGUAGAAUUUUUGAAAUCCAGCGAAAUUAUAAUUUUAGGUAGUUUAUAGCAAUAAUUUAAACAUUUUACUUCCCAGAUGUAUUCGGUUCAGAUUUCGGUAUCCAUAAUAACCCCGGAUUUCAGAUUUGUACUUUCCGUAUUUGACCACUUCAGACUAAUACUUUCCUGCAGGUUUUUACGCGUUCCCGUCGUCUCUGUGAUAGUCACUAACACGAUAAGGGCAGGAACGUUUGGGCUGAACUUUGUUCCGCAUUAUGAAAAACUUCUCUUUCGACUGUAAUAUACUAUACACAGUGUAUCUACAGAAUUUAACGAAUUCCUGUAUUAUGAAAUCGCAUACGAAACUGAUAAAUCUUGCAGAUACACUCUGUAUAAUGCGUUAACGUUUGUGGACGGAAAUGUUUCGGGUUUUUUUUAAAUUGUAUUUUUUUGUUUUUCCGUUAACCAUAAUUUAUAACAUCACGUGCGACAGUACUGUAUUAUACGUAUACGUACCUAUAUAUAUUUUAAUUCUACGAAAAAUUGCACCGUAAUAAAUUUUAAUGUUGAGACUUCUUUUUUUUUCUUUUCGAUGCGCAUAAAAAACAUCGUUUCUGUAGUAUAUAUAUAUAUAUAUAUAUAUAUAUAAUAAUAAUAUGUUCAUGCUACAUAUUUUUCGCACUAAACUCAUUAAACAACCUCAGGUUUUCUAUUAUUAUAAGUCAGUGUCAUGGAGUACACGGAAAGUUCUUAACAGCAAGCUUCCUGUCGCGCCGUUGAGUUUUUUUUUACGAAUAAAUUUAUCGAAAUAAUAAUAUGUCUAACACACGAACAAGCGCUUAAGGUCAACACGAUAAUAAGUAAGAACAAAAUAAUGGGAUAGGUAUUAUAAUCUUAGAUGCGCUAUAACAACCUCAGACGCAUUUUAAUUCCCGUUGUCGGAGUAGAUAUAACGGAAAAAAAUACUGCGAUUUAAUCACGAAUCAUGAUUGCUAUUUACAGCUACUACAGCCCUUCCCAUUGCAAAUUUCUGGACAAGCUAUAUACUUAUUUUAUUAUAGUAUUAUUAUUUUGUCAACGAAACUCAACAAACUUAUCAGUCGAGUUCCUAUAAAAUAUAUAGGAACGAUUUAAAGACUUAUACUUAAUCGUUAUAUCGCUUUAUACCUGUUAAUCUACCUGUUGCUUUUUACGCACCCUGUUUUUAAACUAGUGUUUUUUUUUUUUUUACUGUGUAAACGUUUAUGUACAAUUACUAACUAUUUUCAUGUAUGUACCUAUUUUAGAUUCGAAAUGGAGCGAGGAAUCUAUUGGUUUUAUUGUGAUGUGUGUUAGAUUUAGAGCGUAACGAGAGAUCAAUUGGUUUUUUUUAAAUAUUUUUUUGUCUUUAAAUAAAUUUUCGAACAGAAAACUUGUUCCAAUCGAAAAAUGACAAAAGAACUAUUUUAAUGCAUUUUGGCUUUAGUUGAUGCAUUAAUAUUGAUCAUUUUUUGAUUUUUCGUGGGAUUUUCAAAAUAAUUGGGAAAACUGGAAAAAAAUGUAUAAGUAAAACAGCAAAUAUUUAUUUAAAACCUAACCUAACCUUAUGGCACACCGUGAUAUUACCGAUUUAAUUAUUUUAAAUUUUUAUGCUUUAUAUUUUCUACCAGAAAUAUUGUUUAAUUGGAAGACGAAAUGAGGCUUUAUUUUGUAUUUUUAAUUUGGUUGGUGAGUAAGAAAGUUGUUUUUUGAUUUUCCGUGUAGUUUUCUUGACAGUUGAGCAAAGCCGAAAACAAACGUAGAAAAAACAGGAAUGUUUACGGGAAAAAUAGUUUUAUUAUUUUUAAUUGUGUUGUUCUGUUGUAAUAUUCGUAGAGACGAGUCUCAAAAUUUUGAAAUAAAACUUAUAUUUAUCUUUUCUAGUUUUGGUAAAAUUUAAAAAAAAACAUUUGACCAAUUUUUAGGCUAUUAGUAGAAAUUUUAAUUUUGCGAGUUUUUCACGUAAUUUUUAUUCGGUAUAGAUACUUUAGUAGUUAUAAAUGUAUAAUACAUUUUGUUGUUGAAAUUUUUGAUUUCCGUAGCCGGGAUAUUCCACUUUUAAGUUUGGGUCAGGGGAGAUUAGUGAAGUAUCAUUUGUGCGGAGGCACGGGAAGUGGCGUUUAAUAAUGCACCACUACUUUCUCCCAACCCAAAACUGCGUAAAUUUCAAACAAUAUUAUUACCUAUUUGAAACAGUUUCGAGAGAAAAAUAGUAAAACGUUUAACUAUGUUUACAUAACGGCCUGAACAUGGCAAUAAUGUUUUUUUUUUUUUUAUAUACAAUUUUUUUUUAUUUUAACGUAUUCUAACGCUGUUAAAAAAAAACUAAAUUAAUAUUUAAUAACACGGAAAUUAUACACGGAAAAUAAAUACGGAAAUUGCUGCGGUCUAAAACGGGGUGCGUUAACGAAUCCAGUUUAAACAACGACCGCGCAAUCAAGAUUGUUUAUGUGUUUAAAUGAUAAAUUAAUAAAUAAGAAUGAAUGCGUUUAAAACAUGAUCGUAGAUACCGUAUGUCUACAAUCGCGGUUUAAAAAUACCGGUGAUGGUAGCCGCAGUUAUUUUAAAAUUGUUACGUACUAUUAUAAUAAUAUACACUUUUUGUUACCGAUGUUCAAAUAUUCUUCUCGGGGCGACUUUUUAUAAUUUCUUUAACGAUCUCCCAGUUUUUUGAAUAUAAUUAUAUUAUUAUAAUGCGAGCGAUUGUGAACUCGCGGCGAAAAAGUCUCCGCGGAGCAAUACUAAUAUACAUAUAAUGGAAAGUUCGCUAGUAACAAGUAAACAAAAACUCGUUAUUUAAACGAUUGAAAAAAAAAACUGAAAGAGAGUAAUAUGACCACAACGACGAUGUUACGCAUUAUCGUGAAGAAACUUUUACACUAUGAUAUAAUUAUACAUAAUCAAAUUAUAUUACCACUCGAAAUGAAUUAUAUAAAGUUAUAGAUACACACUAGCUGUCUCGAUCGCAGUGCUGCGCUAUUGCUAGAUUUUAGUCUAGAUUAGUAGAUUAGUAUAGAUAGUUUGUUAGAUUUGUAGAUGAAACGAGUAUAAUUGAAAUUUUAAUAUCGGUAAAUAUUAGAUACUUAAAUUUAUACCUACCUACAUGUACGAAUAAGUAAUAUUAUGGUCGCUAAACAAUUAAGAUUACAACACACAUAAAUUAUUACUUUAUACUCAGCCAAAACUAAUGUUUAUAGGUCCUCUAUUUCUAGAUCGAGGAUUGCAAUAGCUUUUAAAUCACUCGAUGGAUUACGAAAUUCUAUUUCAAUCUAAGAAAUGAUGUCAUAUUCGUAGUAUUAAUAUGGCGGUAUGUGUUUAAGUAUUUUUUGAGAUACUGAAUAUAGCAACGGAAUAGCUAUUGAGUUAUCUAUGAUAUUGUAGUUUUUUCUCACUGAAAAACUCAUUUUGGUUAGUAAAAAUGCUCCAAAUUGUUCAUCCUGUACAUUAAAAUAAAAAGGUUUCGGGUUUUCGCCCGGCACAAUUUUUUCUAGAUCCCCGGCAGUUUUCUUUUAUAAUAAAAAAAAACCUGAUAAAACCGAAACCGUUAUCGUCGUAUGAUAUGUCACAAUAUGACUAAUAUAGAUAUAAUUUGCUUCGAAAAUUGGGGUAAAAUUUCAAGUAGACAAGUUAUUCACGUACAGAUAUAAAAAAAUAAUAAUAAAACAAAUUCUAGUAAAACCAAUCAAUUUUUCACUACUCUCCAAGAUUUAAAAAUAAAAACACGUUUUGCGAGUGUGAUUUUUAAUGGUUGAUCUGUACAAAUAUUUUGUUGGUAUUCUUUCGUUCAUCAAUAGGCAAUAACUAAUUCAACUGAAUACCAAAUAACCUUAUGACAAUACCGGAUCUUUUUUCUGUUGCAGGAAUUCAAAAAUGUUUUGGUGGUGCAAGUGCGUCGUUGCCAGUUUGGCGAUGGUAUUAUUGACCGGCACCGGGACCGCACGGUCCGCCGCAGUGCAGCCUGUCCCAGCGACCCAGGCCCAAAAAUGCGUACCCCCCGGACCGGGACUGUCGCUCAACGACUUUCUGUCCGGUAAGUUUUAUCUGUUCGAACGGCAACAGGCUUUCAGCAUCAAACUUCUGCAGACCGCCGUAGCCGCAUCGCCGAAGCAAAACUUGAUUUUCUCGCCGCACAGCAUAUACACCGCGGUGCUGAUCGCAUACUUUUUGAGCGGCAACCGGACUGAGGAAUCGUUAAAGGGUUUCCUGAACUUACCGGCAGAUCAGGUAACAAAAACGAAAAUAUUCGCUUGCUAAAUUGUAGGGGCAAAGUUUCCGAAUUGCCAAUUGAAAGAUAGAUGUUUUUUUUUUUUUUUGCUUAUUAUCAAUCAAAAAAUUCCCUUCAAAAUUAUGUGUAUUGCAACCAACUUAAAACGAAUUUAGAUUUUUUUCCUACCUACGCAUGUUUCAUAAUAUGCGAUUGUUGUUAUUUAAAUUUUUUGUUUUCGUGGUUUACACAAACAAACAGUAACGUCGCAGUUCAUUUUUUAUGCGGUAUAGUGUUAUUGGCAAAACAAAUAAUAUAUUUCUUUUGUGUGACGAACAUUUGCGGAAUCGCGAACGUAAAAAAAAGAUACUAGUGUAAAUAAUAAUAAUUGUACGGGUUCAUGUGUAACUCACAGCCGCGUGUUUACGGCGUGACCCUGUAAAAACAAAGCGUCACCGUCGUUUUUUGCGAUAACAUCGCAUUCAAAACAAUUAUCGUUAUCGCAAUGUAAUUGCUGUAGUUGUUUCAGAAACAAAAAAAAUAAAAAAAAACAAUUAAUAUGCAAAACAACGACUGGCGUAUAAAGAAUUCCGGAUAUUCAUUCACUCGGAAUAGGUUUACGCGCGUCGAAAAUGGCAAAUGAUCGCAGCACUGCAAAGCCAACACUGAUGGUACAUAUAAAAACAUCAUGAGGUGUGCAAUUAAAAAAAAAAAAAAAUCAAUUGUGUAGAUAAUAAUACAUUGUGAUAAAUGUUAAUGCGAUACCUCGUUAGUCGCAUUAUACGAGUACGCGUAUAUAAUUAUCGUAAUUCACGAAAAUAUCCGGGUAGAAGAUCAGAAUAUUUAUGUGUGGAUUGGACACGCUUGGUGAAGUCUGAAUCCAUUUUUACGUGCACGGUAAUGGAAGAGAACCCGGAAGGAAAGAGGCCUCUCGGGAGUCCCAGUUUGAGAUGGGAAAAUGUUGUGGUGAGACACGUGCCGUGCGGUAUCUUUAAACGUAGUAUAGCAUUAGACUCGAAAUUAAGAGCCGCUGACAGGGAGAAUUGAAGGGUUGAGUAUGUGACGGAGUGAUCUAGUGUGGCUUUUAACUCAUAAGAGAAAAAUAAAACAAGUAUUAUGACAAAUUGUUAUACUCGCAGUUUAUUCAACGUGUUAGACAACAAAACGUGAGACAUUAUUCAAAAGUUGCUACAGAUACUUUUCGUGAAGUUAAUCGGUUUUUCUGGUAAGGCUUUUAUGUUGGAACACGUCAGAUAAUAAUACGUGAUAUUAGAGUAGGUAUCUUCACUGUAUAAGUAAUAAAUUUCAGUUUUAAGAAUGAAAAGAAACAAUUUGCCGAAAAAUAUAUAACAGCGUAUAUAACAAUAACAAUAUCUGAUUGAAAAAAAAAAAACUUUAAAAUAAAAUAUAUACACUUACAGUUUUGGCGAAAACUAUGAUUGGAAAUAAUUGGUAAAAAAAGGGGGGUGUUUUGAAAUUAAUAAAUAAAUAUACAUAUAAGAAGGAUAGGAUUAUGAAAACUUUAUAUUAAAAAAACAAAUUGACAUAUUUGCACAAUAGAUGGCCAAUGUUGUAGGUGAGAAGUUGGGAAGGUAGAGGGAAAAUUUAAUGUCUAUCUGUAUGUAAAGUUUUACCAUUAUUAACUAAAAAUGAUUCUGAGUGGAGUUUAAAGGCCGCAAUAUUUACGAAUUGAAAAUAAUAUAUUUCGUAAAUUUUCCCGUUUUUCUCACGUUCUCCUAUUUAAUUUAAAAACCCUUGGGAAUGUCCUUCAUACAGUACUAUCCCAGUUAAAUUUUGUUUCAGAAAAAGUUCUGCGUUUAAAAAUCGGAACAAAAUUUUUGGUAGAAAAUUUGUUUACAGAAAAAAAAUAAACAUCAUUGUAAACCAAUAUACUCGUCGCCCUACUCAGAAUCUAAAAUAUGAUGUUUAUUAAAUAACGAAAAUGACCUAUUAAUACAAAAUUAUUACGAAAUUUCAAAUAAGUAGAAAUAAUAGUUUUUUCCCGAGUAAUGAAUUCAAAAAUAAUCUUUGAACUUUUUCAGUAAUAUAUCCUACAUUCUUUGUUAAUAAUCUAUAUUUUAUCAAUUAACUUUCAACUAUAGUUAAAGUUUUUAGGUUUGAGUGGACUUUUAUUAUGUUUUGAGUUUUUAUAUGGAAUGAUUUUUUCGAAGUCUAGACUUUUAUUGACUUGUGUGUUUUUAUUUAUGCAGAGCAAAUUAAGUGUGAUGCAAGCGUACAGAAUGGAAAAACUGUUUCAUUCGAUGAGAGCGGUUAACACCAGUUCGGAUUACGAGUUCAGUUCAGUGGACCGUCUGUUUGUUUCGCAAAGGCUGCCGCUGCAAAAGUGUGUGGCUGACGUGUUUAAGAACGAAGUUCACAAAAUGGAUUUUGUCGUCGAUCCUGAAUUGGCCCGUUUGUACAUCAAUAACUGGGUGGCCAACCAGACCAACGGACACAUUAAGGAUUUGGUGCCCUCAUCGCAGAUUUCUUACAACACGAGACUCGUAUUGGUGAGAAAAAAAAAUAAUGCUUGUCCUCUGUGCCUACUAGGCUACCCGGUUUUCGCAUGUUACACCACGCAUUUUUAUAUGUAGGCGAAUGCAGCAUACUUCAAGGGUCUAUGGAGUUCAAAAUUUUCGUCUGAAAGCACCAAGGAGGAAGUGUUUUACACGUCGCCUACCGAAAACGCAUACGUUCCAAUGAUGUGGCAAUCUGGCAUGUUUAACUUGCGUGAGUAUAUAGAAUAUAUUUAAUAAAAAAAAAAAAUAGCAAAGAUGGUAGCAGAGUAAUUAUAAUAAAAUACAAUAUUUUUUUUGUAAAUCACGCUAAUAUUUUUGUGAAAUUUUAAAUAAUCAUUUUUUGUUAUUUCCAUUGCAGUGAGCUCUGACGAACUAGGGGCGCACGUGUUGGAACUCCCCUACAAAGGCGGUGACGUCAGUCUAUUCAUAAUUUUGCCGCCGUUCAACAAACAGCGGGGUAUUAGUUUAUUGACCAAGAGACUAAACACGGAAAUCCUGCAGAACAUAGUGUCGUCCGGAGAUUGGCGGUCGAGGUCCGUUGAAGUAUCCCUGCCUAAGUUUAGCGUCGAACAGACCAUGAGCAACCUCGUGCCGGUGAGCGUUUUGAAAAUAAUUUGUAUUUUACAUAUUAUACAAAGCGAUUUUCUUUUUAUUAACCGUCAAAUUUUUCUCCGUAGUGGAUCGACCAGGACGUUUUAGUUGGUCCUGGUACGAAAUUUCACAAUUAAUCUGUACAAAAUUUCAUCUAUUCCUCAUGAUCUGAUAUUUACCUAAAUAAAGAGGUAGAUGAAAGAAAACCGGCUUCCAUCUACAUUUAACUCGCUCUGUUUUCGUAAAUUGUUUGAUGACGUUUCAUCGUCUUUUUUUCUCCAUGAAACAUGCCUAUCACAAAUUGUCUAUGUUGCUUAACAAAUUCUACAAUUUACCUUUGUAUCACAGUACAUAACUCAUGUCGUUUCCGUCAAAGUUUUACUAUAACGUAAUGUAUAUAUUAUUACUAUUGCGUUCCCAAUUAUUAUGCUUUUUAUUACCAAACGGAUCACCCAGAUAAAAUUUUCUUUCUAAAAAGGUACUACACUUGAAAAUUAUAGCGAAAUUUCUGGUAGAAAAUUUGUUUACAGAUAAAAAAAAAAAAUAAACAUCAUUGUAAUAUUAAUAAAUUCCUCGCUCCGCUCAAUAUCUAAUACAUAUUUCGGUAUAUCGGACAGAUUUUGGAACAGAUGGGAAUCGGAGAUUUGUUCAAAAGCACUGCCGAUUUGUCGGCGCUGACAGGCAGCCCAAACGGCGUGACUAUGGACGAGGCGGUGCACAAGGCAAAAAUCUCGGUGGAUGAGGAGGGCACCAUAGCCGCGGCGGCCACGGCGUUCAUAUCGUCCAGGUCUUCUAGGCCGGCCGAGCCCUUUAAGUUUCGGUGCAACCAUCCGUUCGUCUAUUUCCUGUUCGACAAGAUCACCGGAGCGGUGCUUUUUAUGGGCGUAUACAAUUCACCGAAAUCUAACUAG